AUGUGAGCCAUGCAGGCGGAAACGGUUCUGAUGCUUUUCUGCGUCUGGAUGGCAGGAUCAGCGGCGAAGAUGGUUCAGCCGAGAGGUCACAAGCUGGAGCCCUACAAACAAACCAGAUCACGAAGAGACACCAGAAUGGAGGGAGGAGGCAGUCAGAAGUCUGGAAGUCCAAUUUACAAACGAAGCCCAGACCUGACGAAAAACCCGAUGACAAAAUCUGAGCAGCUGCUGAGAAUAGAUGAUCAUGAUUUCACCAUGAGGCCAGCGUUUGGAGGUCCUCCGAUACCUGUCGGUGUUGAUGUUCAGGUGGAAAGUAUUGAUACCAUCUCUGAGGUGGAUAUGGACUUCACCAUGACUUUGUAUCUGCGUCACUACUGGAAAGAUGAGCGGCUGUCGUUUCCCAGCACCAACAACCAGAGCAUGACUUUCGACAGUCGUCUGGUGAAGAAGAUUUGGGUUCCCGACAUGUUUUUUGUUCACUCAAAGCGCUCUUUCAUCCACGACACCACCACUGAUAAUGUCAUGUUGAGAGUUUACCCUGACGGCAACGUGCUCUACAGUCUCAGGGUCACAGUCACUGCCAUGUGCAACAUGGACCUGAGCCGCUUCCCCCUGGACACCCAGACCUGCUCACUGGAGAUUGAGAGCUAUGCGUACACAGAUGACGACCUGAUGCUGUACUGGAAGAAAGGAAACGAAUCUCUGAACACGGAUGACAGAAUAUCUCUGUCCCAGUUCCUGAUCCAAAAGUUUCACACCACCACAAAGCUGGCGUUUUACAGCAGCACAGGCUGGUACAACCGUUUGUACAUCCACUUCACCCUGCGGCGCCACAUCUUCUUUUUCCUGCUGCAGACGUACUUCCCCGCCACGCUGAUGGUCAUGCUGUCCUGGGUGUCCUUCUGGAUCGAUCGCAGGGCCGUGCCUGCCAGGGUGCCACUAGGUAUCACCACAGUGCUGACCAUGUCCACCAUCAUCACCGGGGUCAACGCCUCCAUGCCUCGCGUGUCCUACAUCAAGGCCGUGGACAUUUACCUCUGGGUCAGCUUCGUCUUUGUCUUCCUCUCGGUGAUCGAGUACGCGGCUGUGAAUUACCUCUCAACUGUGCAGGAGAGGAAAGAGAGGAAGCUGAGGGAGAGACUGCCGUGCACAUGUGGCAUUGGCAACCCCGACGAGAUGAUGAUCGACCCACAAAUCACUGGCUACGGCUCCAUGGAUGUCAACACCACGGGGAAUUAUGGAAUACCUGAGAACGGCGGGCGGCAGGAGCGAAUCCUGGCCCAAGUGGCGCUGAACGACCCUCAGAUCACGGGCCAGGUGAAGGCCUCCCGUAGCUACGUCAACAUCUGGAUAGACACCCACGCCAUAGACAAAUACUCCCGGGUCGUCUUCCCCGGCGCGUACAUCCUUUUCAACAUCAUUUACUGGUCCAUAUACUCGUAAACUGGGAUGCUUUAAAUAGAGCGCAAUUGGACAGCCGACGGGCUAGUUAGCCGGCUAGAUAGCCAGCAGGCUAGUUAGCUGGCCGGAUGGCUAGCGAGCUGGCGGGCUGUUUAGCCGACUGGCUAGCGCAGAAGCUAAACCGAUGCUCUGUCAGAGGAUAAACUGGGGAUCAACAACAGAUGGAAAACUUUUGCCUUCUUGCCCCAGCCAUUUAAAACUGUUGAGAAGACCGUUUCAUCACUCCGUCAAAUCUGUGUGCUUUUGCGUGUCUGGUGUCGAUGACAACGUUGGACUUUGUGAAAAAAGUGACAAACCGCCAUUUUUAAAAUGUCCGCUCUGCAGACAAUCAAAGACGUUGAAAGCCUCAGAGGAGCAAAGUGACGCUCAGUUUUCAGGUUUGUUGGGAGGGAAUCGACUCUUUUAACAUUAAAGUGGAAAAAAAACUUUAAA